AUGGCUUAUGGUUAUCCUGUGAUAGAAAAAUCGACUGCAGUUGAUGCAGCUAUGGCCACCAUUGGACAAAGAAACAAUAUUGGAGGUAAAUUUCUUCGUUAUAUACUUGGUAAGAAGUGACAAGACACCUGGUGAUGGCCAUUUGACAGUUUACAGACAACCCAAACACAUAUAUUUUGUGCCAUGACCUCAUGAUUAUGCACAGAGCUUAAUAAGUUAUUUCCCAUAUAUAUAGCAGUUUUUUUUAUUUAAAAUGUGAUAACUUAAACAAAAAUUAAUAGUCAAGUUUCUGCUUUUAUAGCAUGUACCGUCGCCCUAAAUACGAUCUGUGAACAAACGCUUCCAUUUUGAUGGGAUGAUGCAAACAAUUUCAGCGCACUGGAGAAACUAGCUUUAGCCACUUUUAAUAAGGUAAAAUCUUUUUACACAUUAAAAACGGCAUGUUUUGAAAUCUAACAGUACGAGGCAAUGUCAUAAAUUGUGAAAAAUUUGGUGCAGUUUAUCUGGCAAAUCACCGAUUUAAAUCAUGUACACCCUCAGAAAAAUCACAAAAAAAUUAAAAAAAAACAAAAUUAACAAAAAUUUUAAAAUCACAAAAACCAAUUUCUGAGGUUAGUUCUAAUUUACCCUUUUGUUUGUUCUGUCAAGAGUAGUAAAAGACAUAAAGGCCCUGUCACACUAUUGCGUAUCAUACUAGCGUAUGCCAGCAUAUGAAAAAUAUCACUCAUAUGCCAAGCGCGGUCGCAUACGGUGACAUACGCUGGCAUACGGCGAGGCAGAAAAUCUUUUUAAGAAUGGUCAAAAAUUUUGUGCAUAUUCGGAUAUAUUGUUUAUAUGAUAAGCAUACUCUAGGCACACACUGAAUACGCUGGAGGCAUGCCAGAUGUAUGCAACUCAUACGCUGGCAUUUCAAAGGAUUUUUGUGUGUAUGAAAAUGAUUUCAUUAAUUUUAAUAUGCUUCUCAUACGUUUCUCUCAUACGCAAUAGUGUGACAGGGCCUUGAAAGGGAAAAUUACCAUGGCAAAAAGUGCCAAAAAAGCAAAGAAUGACUAGGGAAAAACACCAAGAAAAUUUGAAGAAAUAGCUGAGUACUAUGGGGAGAAAGGGUUUUGAAAAAAAAUAUAAAAAAUCCAUGAAAAAUAAAAAAAUCACAAAACAAUCACGCGCAAAAUUUGCUCCUUGACUUUAUCAACAAGUGAUAUAUUCUUGUGCAUAAACGAAAUAGCAUAUAAUGUAUAAUAUCAACACAACAGUGAAUUGGACAAUGAUUACUUGGCUGGCAUGCAGUAAGCUUUUUUCAUUUCUAUUUCUCUUUAUGACUAUUUUUUCUAAUUAUUUUUAUAAUAUGAAGUAAAAAAAAGACAGGAAAAAAAAAUUCAAAAACAGUCUGAAGUUACAGCAGAACCCAGAACAGUACCGCUGAUAACAAUGAACCAACAGACUUUACCAAAAGGUGUGAGGAAUGAUGCUGAAAAGCUGUCCACCAAUUUGAUGGUUCCAUAUGGAGCCGUUAAUAUUAACCACAAUGUUUACUGUAAUCUUAUAUACGUAGCCUAUGGUUGAAAUAGGUGGAAAUGAUUUGAAACCAUUCAAAAUAUUUAAACAUUCCUAAAGUGUAUUAAGAUACUGAAUGGAAAAAAACUAUAUUAUAUUCCGUUCCCGGCGUAAGCCCGGGGUGAGGGUACUAAUUCCACCCAGGUAUUUACACCAGGGCAACCAAAAGCAUUAGCGAAGUCUAAAGUUCAUCAAUGAUCGCGGGCAUGGGUUACUGUGCCUGGUUCGGUGGGUGGUCAUCUCACUGAUCUCUAAAUAUGGCUGUUUGCCAGGAGUGAAGAGGAAAAAAAUAUAAAAAAUACACGUCAGAAAGCUUGGAAAAUCAUUUCACAUAACAAAUUGUAAAACGUUUUUACAACUUUUAAACGUAAACAUUUAAAAGAAUUGAUUUAAUAUGAGAAAUCCUAACUAAGUAUAGGGCAAGUUUGUUUCAAUUGUUUAUGUAUGACUUUGUAUUAAUAUAGACUUUGUUCUUGAUGUUCAAGUCUUUCCUAUGCAUUGUUUCCGAACAUUUCUCAGUUAAACUAACUUUUGUAGAAGUUCAUGAUAAAAAGGAAAGCAAAUUAUUUUCAUUAGCGUCCUGUCCAAAUUAAAUUUAUUUCAUUUCAAAGUGUGAGUAAUAAGUUGAAGCUCGAGUUGAAGAGUUUAUAAAUAUCAGCAAAAAGCAGUUCAUUUCAGUUCACAUUUAAAAAGUUUUACAUAGAGUUUCGUUUUGCAUUUACAUUAAAAUAAAGCCCAUAGAAACCAAAAUAUUAUACCUACUUUAUAUAUUUUUGAGAUUGAUGUUCUGUAUUAAGUGUUAAAAUUUCAUCUAUUUUUUGCAGGUUUGUACAAAAAAUUAAAAACACAAUUAUCGUGUUGCCAUUGACUAACAUGACCACUAAGCUGUAUAAUAACUUUGUUCAGUCAAUGAAGUGUCCGCAAAAACGUGGAGGAUUUUCAGGCAAAAUGACGCCAUUUCCAUGACUACUGGUCCCUAAAUUCAUGGUAAUUGCCACCGAACAAGGCUCAAAUAUGAGCCCACCACAGUUUUCACACACCCCUUCUGGUUUUUAUAAAAAUAUUUCUGCUUUUUGCAGUGAAUCACUGAAUCCUUGUUGUUUUGAUAUUUUUGACAUAUUUUUUCGACUGUUGACCAUUUGUUCAAAGAUGUGGCAGCCGUAUGUGUUAAUUCUCGUCCGUGGAGUGUGAAAGACAACAAACAACUAUUAAAACCUCGCGAAAUGUGUGCAAAAAUGAUACUUCAAGCUAGAGCAAACAGCCGUAACAGACUAUAUAAACAGGUAUUAAAAUAUUUUAAAUAUUGGGAAUAAAUGGUAGAAUGUACUCUAUUUUUUUAGACAAUAAUCCAAGAGUAUUUAUAAUGUGGUUGUAGAUGAACCUAUCAACUUUAAAAUAUAAUAAUUUCAUCCCUCAAUCCCAAGGAAUGGUUGUGCACUUGUGCAUGUAUAUGAAGACAUGAAACUAAUAAUGAUUUGCUAGUAUAUUAAAGAGGGAAUUAAGGUUUAGAUAUUUAGCCAAGGGUUUGUUAUGCAUUAGCUUGUGGUGAACAGGUGCAAGACAAAGCGCGGCUGAUCUGAGAAUGCAUGUUUUAUCCAGGAUUUACAAUUUGUGUUCUCUCUGAUAUAGUUUGUUGUAUGUAACUUAAAAAGGCCAUUAGCUUGUUUGCCUCCUCCUUUGAUCGAGUAUUGGGAGAAAAAUAUCAAGAUUUUCAGUGAGCAAACCAGGGGGGUGAAGUACAUCGUCGAAAGCUUAGGAUCACGGUUGGGACAGUGGUAGUUGCCAUGAAUCUAGGGACAGUCAUGGCAAUGGCAUCAGAUCUGCCAUGUUUUUGUGGACACUUUUUUAUCCCGAGCAGGUCCUCCAGUAAUAUAGUAUAGCUCAGUGAACAUGACGUGGCAACGUGAGCCUGUGUUCAGUAUUGGCAUAAUUACAAAUACUUCAUGUUGAAACAAUGUUUGGAAAAUAUAGGUGAGGGGUUGUUGCAUGCAUGUAUUUCUAGUUGUAUUAUAUACACAUAGAUUUACAAAAUUUCUGAAAAAAGGCUUUCUGAAAAAAGGUAUCAAUUUCCUGUGCGUAAUACAAAAUGACUAAUUAAAAAUGGAAAACUAUGCAGGGCUAUAUUAUCCGCAUUUUACAACAUUUCCCAAUGAAACUUCGGAAUAUUAAUAAUUUUUUGAUUUGUGAUGCUCUUUCAAGCUGUGAUGAAAUUUUUGUCUAGACUUGUCUAGAUAAAAAAUUUGUUCAUUAGGGAAUAGGUACAUUCUAACAAACAAAAUUCCAAGCAAUGCCAUAGUCAUAGAGGAACGAGCAAAUACAGGCAAGUAACAUUUUGAAACUGUAUCAUUAAAUCAUCUCUAAUACAAGUGUUGUUCGAGAAUAAUUUUGAUUCUUAAUUCGUUAAUAUUUCAUUACAUAUUUUAGGACCAUUUAAUGAAGAAUUAGAUCAAUUGAGUGGACCUUCGAGUAAUGAAAAAUCAUCCACAUUGCUUCUCAGUGGUGGGUACAAUAUAUAAUCACAUAAUUAUUUCAGUUAGUAUAAGAUACAUACAGAGCUGCAAAGUCUCACGGUUUACCUGCAAGUCGCCAGGUUUACACACCACUGACCUCCAGGUCUCAAUCCGUAUGUAUUUGUAAAAUGACACUUUUGACUCAGUCUUGUUAAAAAAAAAUAGUAGCGUGGCUAUUUGAGUAAACUUAGAUUUUGUGAUCUUGAAGUAAACGUAAUCUAAACAUGAAUUAUGUGUGUGUGUGCGAGCUUAUUUUUUAUUACACACACAUAUAUGGCAAUCUGGUUCCCCAAGCAUGCGCGGUCAACAAUAAUAUAAAGUCAACAAUAAUAUAAAGUCAACAAUUUAUACACAAUUUGAUUAAUAUUUUUCAGUAUUUAAUAUUGUCUGUGCUACUGUCUGGCUAUAUGAUCAGUAUGUAUUAAAUAACAUAGAUAUCACUAAUUGUGUACACAUUCUCUGGUUAAAAAGUUUUUAACCAGGAUUCAUAAUUAAUUCUGUACACAUUCUCUGGUUUCGCUUCCAACAAUUGUGAUAGAUACACUAUUAUCACAUAUAUCGCUGUCAGGGGGGGGGGGGGUUACAAACUACAAACUAAAGGCCCCAACAACCUCAAGGUUUUUAAUUAUCUGAACUUGGAAGCUCUGCACAUACAAUAUGAAUGCAUACAGCAUCUCCUUUUUUGUGCCUAAUCCAUUGGGCCAGUUUAGCUGUUAGUAAAAAAAUAUUAAAAAUACUCAACAACAAAAAUCACUCAUUCUGUACAUUCAUAUGUAUCAUAGAUAAUAACACUAAAUCAUUGUCUGCAAUUCCAGCAAGCAAAAUACCAAGCAAUGCCAUAGUCAUAGAGGAACAAACAAAUACAGGCAAGUAACAUUUUGAAACUGUAUCAUUCAAUCAGCUCCUGAUACAAGUGUUGUUCGAGAAUAAUUUUGAUUCUUAAUUCAUUAAUAUUAUAUUACAUAUUUUAGGACCAUUUAAUGAAGCAUUACACCAAUUGAGUGGACCUUCAAGUAGUGAAAAAUCGUCCAUGUUGCCAUUCAGUG